ACCGCAGUGGCUGAGCUGCUGACAGGAGGCGGCGGCGGAGGAGGAGGCGAGGCAAGACCUGCGGCUCCGCGGGGCUACUGCCGCGGUAGCUCUAGGCAACCCCACGGAGCUACGCCGGUCUCAGUCAUCCCGCGAGCCUCUCGCCGCCUCUCCAUCCUUCCAUCCGCCUAUCCGCCCGACCGGUCCAGGGCGGCCUAGUCUGCAUCAUCUGCCGGGCUUCUGGGGCCGCCGCCCCGCGCGGUCCCCUCGGCGUCCCUGGCCGCGCCCGGCCCCUGGCCCGCUCGCUCGCCGGCACCAUGAUGGAGGAGAUCGACCGGUUCCAGGUGCCCACCGCGCACUCGGAGAUGCAGCCGCUGGAUCCAGCCGCAGCCUCUAUCUCAGACCGAGACUGUGACGCCCGGGAGGGUGAGUCAGUAACCAUGAAUUACAAACCAUCCCCGCUCCAGGUGAAGCUGGAGAAGCAAAGGGAGCUGGCCCGGAAGGGUUCCCUGAAGAACGGCAGCAUGGGCAGCCCUGUCAACCAGCAACCCAAGAAGAACAACGUCAUGGCCCGGACGAGGCUGGUUGUCCCUAAUAAAGGCUACUCCUCGCUGGACCAGAGCCCUGAUGAGAAGCCACUGGUAGCUCUUGACACAGACAGCGAUGAUGAUUUCGACAUGUCCAGAUACUCUUCCUCUGGCUACUCCUCUGCCGAGCAGAUCAACCAAGAUUUGAACAUCCAGCUGCUGAAAGAUGGCUACCGGUUAGACGAGAUCCCCGACGACGAGGACCUAGAUCUCAUCCCCCCCAAGUCCGUGAACCCCACCUGCAUGUGUUGUCAGGCCACUUCCUCCACCGCCUGCCACAUUCAGUAGUGGGCGGGGUCGCCGCGGUGCACGGGGCGGCGCUGACCUGGGCCUGGUGGGAUGCAGCAGGGGAGACCCCUACCCUGCUGGUCCACUGGUCCCCAGCCCCGCGCCUCUUACAGCCGCCAACCUCGUAACAGUCAUUGCUUCCUCCUAUGGUAGGACGUGUACCUCUGUGUGUUCAAGGAGCCGGAGAAACCAAAACCGGGUCUGUCUCCAGCCCCGGGGCUGAGGAGGGGUGGGCACUGUUUGUUCGGUUACUUGGGGGAACCACACCCAAGCACCCUGCCACCUCUCCCAUAGCUGCAGUAAGGGGGGCGGCACUGAAGGCCAGGAGGCCAAAUGUAAGCUGUCUGUGAAGGGAUCACAGGUCCGGAAGGUUGGCCCCAGCCAGUGAAGCCAUGAAUCCCCCCAAGCCCAGCUUGGAAAGGAAGGAAAGGGGUUUGGAGAAGAAAAGGCUCCUAGCAAUGGGGGCAGUUCUCACACCUCAGAGCCCCCUCCCCAAACCCUGUGCCAGCCCAUACACCCAUUUGUGUUUUCCCCUCAUCUCCAGAUGGGAAGCCAGGCAACGCUGUCCAUAGGUCUCUCCAUUAGAUAACUCCCUCCCUGUCUCUCUCCCCUGCUUCCUUACUUUCUGAGGGUUGGGAAGUAAGACGGACCUUAGAAAGAAGCCUGGUUUGGGGCCUGUUCUCACAGGUCUCUAACCAGUGCAUCUGUCUCUCUGCCUCAUCCCCAUGCCGCCCUGCCACCCCUAGUCUUCUUUCUAUUGGUUCCAGGCUGGAAGCAAGAGAUAAGGCUGGCCUCCUGUGCCCCAUUGCCAUCUCACCCUAGCUCAAAGUCCAGGAGGCAGGCUUCCAGAAAGGCUCUUCAAGGGCAAGCUUAAGAAAAUACAGUGAGCCAAGUGGCUGUAUGUAUAUCGUAUGGUAUGCACAUGUGUGUGCAUAUGGAUGUGUGUACAUGCAUGUAUGUGUGUGUGUGUGUGUGUGUGUGUGUGUGUACACGCAUGUGUGUUGAGACUGUCUGUCCAGGGAACCAGGUUGGUGUCUGAGAUGGGGAAAUGGCUGUGGUCUGGUAACUGUGUGAGAGGCUGCUUGGGAAUGAGAAUGCACAGCCUGGCCAUCCAAAACCUGGGUUCUGGUCCCAGCCUUCGGCAUUCUCCCUGAGCUCCUAAGCAAUUCCCAGGCUUCUCCAGGGUUUCAGUUCUCACAACUGGAAAAUAAAGAGUAGCUGACAUCACUGACAGAGUCUUUUCAUACCAGAAGGAAUUUCUUCACAGGAGUUUCUGCAAAAGACUAUGACAUCUGUGUGUCUUUGAUCUCAGGAGGUACCUGGAUGUGUACGUGCAUGGACAUGGGAAGUCCAUGAAGAUUUGUUUGGGGGAAAGUGGGGUGUGUGCGUGUGAGUGUGAGUGUGUGUGUGUGUGUGUGUGUGUGUGUGUGUGUGUGUGUGUGUAGCUGUACCGGGUGUCAUGUAUACUGUUGCUUCUGCUGCUGGUCUGAGGGAGGAAAGGUAAGGCUGUAGCUCUCCCACGGCUGAAGACAACUAACUACAGAGAGCAGAGAGAGCCUCAGACUGCUGGGCCUUGGCCCCACGAGCCUCCUCUCACUGAGCCAGUGUGGCCAGAGUGUGUCUCCUCCAGGCACCCCACAUGCUGACAUUUCUGCCCUCUGGAUCCUACUCACACCUAGGCUAGAGUGGGGGUGGUGAGGAGGAGGGGUGGGGCUGUUGGCUUGGGAAGGGAAGCGUCUCUCUCUGCACCACAUGCAGGGGCUGCCCACUCCCAGGUAUUGGAGUGUAGCUUUCCACUCCACACACCUCCAGCUUAGCUCCCCCUAGUGCAGAGAUCCUAAUUAAAUAAGAAAAUACCAAAGGAGGCAAGCCAGAGAAAGCAUCUUCAGGGCCACAGGCCCAUGGUGGCCCCAUCUGAGCCCCCUCUCCUACCCCAGUUCGCAUCCCCACCACUCAUCAUCUGGGCCCCAGCGCUAGAACCCCCCCACUGCAUCCCCACCAGGCUCUUCAACUCACCCUUCUAGAACAUGGUGCCUCCUUUCUUUAGACUUCUGCCUUUGCCUCUGACUCCUGAGGGAUUCUAAUUCAACGUGUGUGACCCUGAGAGCCAAGGGCCAGUGCCCUUGUGAGCACACUAGUUCCGUAGCAGGCAAGGGCAUUAGACUGAGGUGGUAUAUACACAGUGGGUAGGGGUAGGAAGCUGGCAGCCUGCAGCUUCCAAGUCCAAGGAGAGCGCAGUUCCCUCCUUCCCUGCCUGGAAGUUGAAGGAGAAGAGCCAGGGUCUCAGCUUGCCCCCCCUCCCUUCCCCCUCCCCACUCCCCCACCCCUUGUAGAUACUGCCUUAACACUCCCCCACCCUGCGGCUGCUACCCAGCCAGGUUUCUCCGAGCUCACUAAUUUAUUUCCAAGAAGGUGUGUGGAAGACAUGAGCCGUGUAUAAUAUUUUUUUUAACAUUUCCAUCGCAGUAUUGACCAUCAUCCUUGGUUGUGUAUCGUGUAACACAAAAUAAUAAUAUUAAAAGCA